GUUUUUAUCCAUAAUUGCAAUGCAACUGAGUCUUUGACCGAACGCCAUCCAGGCGUGCAAUUUACAGAUAGUGGAGUUUUCUUAAACACGGAUAAUCACUGGAGGCACACAUUUGUUUUUGAUUUGAAACCAACAAAGGUAAGAAGUUUCCUUCAGAAACCUAGAUCUUGCACUAGCAAAAAUCAAACCAUACACCAAAAUGCAAUAUGUUCUGCCUUUCAAACAAAUAUCCUUGAUUAUGAAAUCCAAAUAAAUCAUAUACUAAGAGAGAUUAGGAAACAGGAACGUUUGACAAAAAAUUUGCUAAGGCAUAAAACUUCCGGGAGACGCACUGCGCGGUCCCCUUUUGACUUUAUAUCAGACAUUUCCCAAUCAUUAUUUGGAUUCGCUAAAGACUCAGAUGUUCGCAUUUUGACCAACCACAUUAAUCAUUUGGAAGAAAUUGCCAAUUCUUCAGCGGGAAACAUAUUUGAAUUUAGGGAACAAUUUAGUAGUUAUGCGGUGAAAAUGGACGCAAGAUUUGGGAAUUUAAUGACAGGCAUAAAAUAUAAUUGUUCCCUGAUUGGGUAUAUAUUCGAAGUCCAUUUGGUUACACCAUCAUUCAUUACAUCAUUGUUCUGA